GGCAGCUGGGAAAGAGUAUCCAAACGUAUUUGAGUGGUCUGAAAAUGCAGUUACACAUUCUCCAAACUUUCAUUUUAGUUACUCUUAUUCGCAAAGAAUCAUUUUGCCAGCUGGACAAUGGCACUAGCACUGCUCUCAACACAAGAGCAUUUGUAAAGAAGGAAUGUGAUGGAAUAAAAACAUAUAUUUGUGAUUCGUGCACUUCGCGGAGGCCUUGCUUUGGCACGCAGGAAAUUGAAACGACAUUUACUUGUGGUACUGGUUUAUUCUGUAUCGAGGGUACCGCAUCUGAUCGACCUUCGGAUGUUUGUGUAACAUCAACAGAAAGCAGGCCGUUCACUUGCUCCGCUAGUGGACUUUUUCCAGAUCCCAACAACUGUCAGAACUAUCAUGUAUGUUUAGCCGCUAGUGAGUCCUCAACGGUGUAUACAUGUCCGCCGGGUUACGUCUUUAAUAUCGUCACUACAUCAUGCAUUCGUCAAAUAUCGGCAGCAAAUUGUGUUACGGUGACCUGUCCAGUAGCAGUUCCUAGCUACGUUCUUUACGGCACGAGUAGAGUGUAUUACGUCGUAUGUGAUGGCAUUAAUCUACCCACCGAGGUAUUACGGUGUCCAAACGGCGCUCUAUUUACGUUUUUCUCUUCUAGUACGCGUUUCGGUGAAUGUGUAUACACUUGUUCAGGGCAGGGUAAUUAUCAAAAUAGCAACAAUCCUAGCUCCUAUUUCCAAUGCUAUAUAUCUAAUGGUCGUUUGGUGUAUAACGAGCUCGAUUGUCCAUCAGGUACUAUAUUUAAUCAAACCCUGCGUUAUUGUACGAGGCAGUAAGCGUAUUUCACGAGCAACUUAAUAUUUUAUAAAACCAUUUUCACCAAUAAUUCUGACAAGGAACGUAAUACUUGUAGAAAUUGAUGAUUACUACCAGUCAAAGAUGCUACUUUUGGUUAAAUAAAAAAAAUAUUAAUCAAUACAACUUUUAAGUAACAUUAGUUUAAAUACCCCAAACUAGAUUAGAGAAUGUAAUAGCAUGGAAAAUAAUAUUUUAGUCAUGAUAGUAUUUUUUAACUGAUCUCUGACGUAGUUAUUUAGGUUGCUACAAAAUAAGAUUUCAUGGAAAAAUGCAUUUAGCAACAUGUAAUCAGGAAAACGUAUCUAUUUUUAAUCUAGGUAAAGUUUUUAUAUGUUUGACAUUUCUUCAAUUUGAUGGAACAACAUUUUAUCCCUUUUUUAACAGUACAUAUACAAAGUACAUUACUUUAGACAUGGAGGCUAUUAAUCUAAACCUGGAAGGCUGCUCGGCUUAAAUAGAAUUAAAAAGCAAGACGCGCAACAUUUCAGAUUUAUUUAAGAAUAAUAUUAUAAUAGCAUGAUGAGAGAUCUCCAAAUACUUUUCGUUUAUACAAAGUAUAAUAUAUUAUACUUUGUAUAAGUUGCGACCAAGUAUUAAAACAAGUUGUAGUGUUACUUGAACGCGUCAUAACGUCGUAAUUUAGGAAAUUAUUUUACGAUAUUACCAUAUGUAUUACUAGCUAGCCCGGUAAACCUAGAUAUUCCCAAGUAACUAAAAUAUACUAUAUAUGCUUUGUU